UGACAGGCUUUGAUGCAUUGGUCAAACAUCGAGUCUCCCACCAAAACCAGGCAGAGGAGGUGGUCCGGAGGACGGAGCAAGAAGGGAGGCGGUGAUAUACUGCAUUAGCCCACCACCCUCCCACCUUGUUGUCUCCGUGGACUGGUGGAGAUGGCAAUGAGCAGCAGAGCUCAGUCUCUUCAGGUCACCGCGAGACGUACUCUCACAGUGGCGCGACGCCCGGGAUUCUGGAGUAAGACUUCGUGACAACCCAGGGGCCCCGUGGUUGGCCACAUGACGCUGAAACCUGUCGGCCUUUUCUCCUCAUCCAGAUGAACCCACACGCGCUAGACUUUGCAACCAAGGCUCAGUGUCUGUGCUUGUUCCUCAUCCUAUGCUUUCAUGUGGCACAGGCUGGUGUUCCUGGUCCAUGCCGACACUCGGUAACACAGGACCACCUUCACAGCCUCAAUCGCCUGAUUGACAAUCAGCUGGACCACGGCUGUUUUAUUAUUUAUCCAUUCGUUGAACAUUUAAAUUUGAGUAAUAUCUGUUAUAUCAAAGCAGCCCUCCCACAUGUGCUGGAGCUUCUGAGAACACACUUCCGUUACAUCCGGAACUCGGACAACAGAAAAUAUGUCAACACGCUGGAAAAAAACAUCCACCAUCUUUACUCGCAGGGAUGUGUAUCAGAAAUAAAUGAAGAGGUCGAGGACAGUCCGUCCAGACUGAUAAAGAUGGAAGAGAGCUCUCCAAAAGAGGCCUUAAAAAAAGCCCGAGGAGUGCUCCAGAUGUAUAUGACGCUGAUGAAAGUGAGCCCUCGUCCUGUGGACUGGCGUUGUCAAGAAGAAUUUUCCGCCUUAGAUGGUUCAACCCCGUCACCAGAUGCGGUUACCACAUCAACAGACUCUGCGGUGUGGAGUUAAGCCCUGAAGUCGGUUGCCCAUUACAAGUGGAACUGCGAUCAAAGCCGAGCAGAAAGAACUGAGCCUCACAGCGCGGCCUGACCUGAGGAGAAUGUCUUAUUUUUCACUUUGAAACGUUGUGUUAAAUGUUAGAUAUAUUAUGAGAUUAAGUAAAAAAAAACACAAAGUCAAAGUCGGGUCCUCUGCCAGAGGGUUGGGAGCUUUAGGGUUCUGCGCAGGAUCUUAGCUGUUCCCAAUACAGCACUUUUGUGUCAGAUGUUGUUCCUGGUAUCGACCUCCACCCCAGUCUUCUGAUGUUUGUUCAUCCCUACUUAAGUCAGACUGGCACCAGUUUGUCGGUCCGGACCCGGGUUUGUUUCUCAACCACCUAUAUACAAAACAUGAAUGUACUGUAUAUGCACAGUAUACGACUGUACUGUAAAUAUACGAAAUAUAUGUACAUAUGAAAAUAUUUAAAAAUGCCAAUGAAAAAUGUGUCAUGCUUGUAAAGUUUGAAAAUAACUACACCCCGAGCCUUUAUUGUUAUUAUUGUUUGUAAGAAAGUUGUGAAAUUAUGCAUAUUGUUGCUUUAAAUUGAACUUUUAUAUGGCGGCGUGUUUAAAGAAAUGAAUAAAGUUCUAAAUCCUCGAAAAAGGUUGUUCCCCCAUACAUUGAGAACAAGGCAGAA